GCGCUAGGAGAGGGAACUGGCUAGCGACGGUCCGGCGAGAGCGAUCUGGGGUGCGGGGAAGUUGGGGAGCAGAACCUGCUAGGCGUCCGAGCACGGGAAGGCCGCGCCUGCCGGGUCCGUUAGGACGGAGGGCAGAGGAGGAAGGGGAAGGCAGCUGUCGGGUGGUCCCCGGACAGAGGGCUUAAGGUAGUGUGCACAGCGCUGCUCCCCGGAUGGCGACCGCUGAGACUUCGACCCCGGCCUCUAGCGGCCUCUCGCCGAAAGAAGAAGGGGAGCUUGAAGAUGGGGAGAUCAGCGACGACGACAACAACAGCCAGAUCCGGAGCCGGAGCAGCAGCACCAGCAGUAGCGGCGGCGGGCUGUUACCGUACCCGCGGCGGAGGCCUCCUCACCCGCCCCGGGGCGGUGGAUCCGGGGGAGGAGGAGGAGGAGGAGGAGGCGGCGGCUCGUCGUCAUCCUCGUCCUCAUCUCAGCAGCAGCUGAGGAAUUUCUCACGCUCACGGCACCCGUCCGAGCGGGGCCACCUCAGGGGACACAGCAGCUACCGACCCAAAGAACCGUUCCGGACUCAUCCGCCCCCGGUGCGGAUGCCAUCGGGGUCCCUGUCGGAGAGCAACCCCCGGCCGUCCUUCUGGGAGCGGAGCCACAUAGCACUGGACCGUUUCCGCUUUCGAGGCAGGCCUUACCGGGGUGGGAGUCGCUGGAGUCGGGGGCGAGGAGUGGGUGAGCGAGGAGGCAAGCCGGGGUGCAGACCUCCCUUAGGAGGAGGAGGAGGAGCGGGACCCGGAUUCGGCAGCAGCCAGAGCUGGCGAGAACCCUCUCCACCCCGCAAGAGCUCCAAAAGUUUUGGAAGGUCUCCGUCAAGAAAACAGAAUCAUUCAUCCAAAAGUGAGAACUGUGGGGAAGAAACCUUUGAAGAUUUGCUUUUAAAGUAUAAGCAAAUACAACUGGAACUAGAGUGCAUCAAUAAGGAUGAAAAACUAGCUCUGAGUAGCAAAGAAGAGACUGUGCAAGAAGAUGCGAAAACGUUGCAUUUUGAGGACCAAACAAGCACGGAUAAUGCUAGUAUUACGAAAGACCCAAGUAAGGAAGUAGCUCCUGAGGAGAAGACACAGGUCAAAACUUUUCAGGCAUUUGAAUUAAAACCACUCAGGCAAAAACUGACUUUACCGGGGGAUAAGACCCGAGUGAGAAGAGGGAAAGACAGCACAAAGCAGCCCUCCCUGAAAUCCAGCACUGCAGAUGCUAGCCAAGGAUUAGAAGAUAAAGAACAAAAUUUAACAAGAAGAAUUAGUGCCUCAGAUAUUCUAUCUGAAAAGAAACUUGGUGAAGAGGAGGAGGAGCUGUCUGAGCUGCAGCUCCGCCUUCUGGCUCUGCAGUCGGCUAGUAAGAAAUGGCAGCAGAAGGAGCAGCAGGUGAUGAAGGAGAGCAAAGAGAAACUGACCAAGACCAAAACCCCACAGCAGAAGGCCAAAACCAGCACAAAAGCACACUCGGCCAAGAAAGUGAGCACCACAGCUAAACAAGCAUUACGGAAGCAGCAGACAAAGGCGUGGAAGAAACUCCAGCAGCAGAAAGAGCAGGAGAGACAGAAAGAGGAGGACCAGCGGAAACAUGCCGAGGAAGAAGAGAGGAGGAAAAGAGAAGAAGAAAUCCGAAAAAUCAGAGACCUUUCAAAUCAGGAAGAACAGUAUAAUCGGUUCAUGAAAUUGGUUGGUGGGAAGAGGAGAUCAAGAAGCAAAUCUUCAGAUCCUGACAUGAGGCGGUCCUUAGAAAAGCAGCCUGACAGUGGAGGAGGGAUAUAUCAAUAUGAUAACUAUGAAGAAGUUGCUAUGGAUACAGAUAGUGAAACCAGUUCUCCAGGUAGGAGCCAAAACUUUGGAACAUUUUAUAAUCACAAUGAAGCUACUCAACCUUCAAAGAAAUGUCUUAAUGAAGCUCCUUCACCAGUACAACCACCAUUUUUUUCUGAGUGUUCACUGGGGUAUUUUUCUUCAGCACCCUCGGUUUCUUUGCCUCCAUCAGCUCAGGUUUCAUCUGUGCCAUCUUUGAGCCAGCCUUAUGGGGAAGGCCUGUGCGUUUCUCUCGACCCUCUACCUCCUCUUCCACCUUUGCCACCUCUGCCACCUGAAGAUCCAGAGCAGCCUCCAAAGCCACCAUUUGCUGAUGAAGAGGAGGAGGAAGAAAUGCUUCUUCGAGAAGAACUACUUAAAUCUCUAGCAAAUAAAAGAGCUUUUAAGCCAGAGGAAACAUCGAGUAAUAGCGACCCACCUUCUCCUCCAGUCGUGAACAGUUCUCAGCCUUUGUCAAGAAGCAAUCUGUCAAUAGUCAGUAUUAAUACAGUAUCUCAGCCUAGGAUACAGAAUCCAAAGUUUCACAGAGGACCACGUCUUCCACGAACUGUGAUCUCGCUUCCAAAACAUAAAUCAGUGGUUGUAACCCUGAAUGAUUCAGACGAUAGUGAGUCUGAUGGAGAAGCUUCCAAGUCAACCAACAGUGUUUUUGGUGGAUUAGAGUCCAUGAUCAAAGAAGCAAGACGAACUGCGGAGCAAGCUUCAAAACCCAAAGUACCUCCAAAAUCUGAAAAAGAAAAUGACCCUCUGCGAACACCUGAAGCUUUGCCUGAAGAAAAGAAGAUUGAAUAUAGAUUGUUAAAGGAAGAGAUUGCCAACCGUGAGAAACAACGUUUGAUUAAAUCAGAUCAGCUGAAGACAAGUUCGUCAUCCCCAGCAAACUCAGAUGUGGAAAUGGAUGGGAUUGGGAGAAUAGCAAUGGUUACUAAACAGGUUGCAGAUGCAGAAGCAAAGCUUAAAAAACACAAAAUUCUCUUGAUUAAAGAUGAAUCAGUUUUAAAGAAUCUCGUACUGCAAGAAGCCAAGAAGAAGGAGUCUGUUCGAAAUGCUGAAGCAAAGAUCACAAAACUUACAGAACAGCUUCAGGCAGCAGAGAAGAUCCUCAGUGUUAACAGGGUGUUUCUCAAGAAGCUCCAAGAACAAAUUCACAGAGUUCAGCAGCGUGUUACCAUUAAGAAAGCUUUGACGCUCAAGUAUGGGGAGGAGCUCGCUCGGGCCAAGGCCGUGGCUAGUAAAGAGCUGGGGAAACGCAAACUGGAGCAAGACCGCCGCGGACCAAACAAAAUGAUGAGAUUGGAUAAUUCUCCACUAUCAAGUCCAAGGAAGCAUUCAGCUGAAUUAAUUGCUAUGGAAAAAAGACGAUUACAAAAGCUAGAAUAUGAGUAUGCCUUGAAAAUUCAAAAGUUAAAAGAAGCCCGAGCCCUCAAAGCAAAGGAACAGCAAAACCUUGUUCCCGUUGUGGAAGAGGAACCUGAGUUUUCUUUACCUCAACCCUCACUUCAUGAUCUGACACAGGAUAAAUUAACCUUGGACACAGAAGAAAAUGAUGUUGAUGAUGAAGUUUUGUCAGGUUCGAACAGAGAACGAAGAAGAUCCUUCCUAGAGUCCAAUUCUUUCACUAAACCCAACCUUAAGCACACUGACACACCUAACAAGGAGUGUAUAAACAAACUUAGUAAGAGUACUGUAGAAAAGCCAGAACUUUUUCUAGGGUUAAAAAUAGGUGAAUUACAAAAAUUAUAUUCAAAAGCCGACAGUUUAAAACAGUUGAUUUUAAAAACUACCACAGGCAUUACAGAACAAGUUCUGCAUGGUCAGGAGAUUUCUGUGGAUGUGGAUUUUGUUACAGCACAGAGUAAGACAACAGAAGUGAAGCCAUGUCCAUUUAGACCUUACCAGAGCCCUCUUCUCGUCUUUAAAUCCUACAGAUUUAGUCCUUACUAUCGAACCAAGGAAAAGCUUCCCCUGAGCUCAGUGUCAUACAGUAACAGGAUUGAGCCGGAUCAGUGUUUCUGCCGUUUUGAUUUAACAGGAACAUGUAAUGAUGACGAUUGUCAGUGGCAGCAUGUACAAGACUAUACACUUAGCCGGAAGCAGUUGUUCCAGGACAUUCUGUCAUACAAUCUAUCUUUGAUUGGCUGUUCAGAGACAAGCACUGAUGAGGAAAUUGCUUCUGCAACAGAAAAGUAUGUUGAAAAACUUUUUGGAGUAAACAAAGACCGAAUGUCAAUGGACCAGAUGGCUGUUCUCCUCGUUAGCAACGUUAAUGAGAGUAAAGGCCAUACACCUCCAUUUACAACUUACAAAGAUAAAAGAAAAUGGAGGCCAAGGUUCUGUAGGAAAGCCGUGUCCGAGAGCAGCAGCAGCAGCGAUGAGGGGCAGUCCACAGGCCCCAUCAAGUAUGCCUUCCGACCAGAGAACCAAAUAAACGUCCCAGCUUUGGACACUGUUGUCACUCCGGAUGAUGUGAGGUAUUUUACCAGUGAAACUGAUGACAUUGCUAACUUAGAAGCAAGUGUACUCGAAAAUCCGUCCCAUGUACAGCUUUGGCUCAAGCUCGCAUACAAGUACUUGAAUCAGAAUGAGGGACUGUGUUCAGAAUCUUUGGAUUCUGCUUUAAAUGUACUGGCUCGAGCUCUGGAAAACAAUAAAGACAAUCCAGAAAUUUGGUGCCAUUACCUCAGAUUGUUCUCAAAAAGAGGGACCAAGGAGGAGGUGCAGGAAAUGUGUGAAACGGCUGUUGAAUAUGCCCCUGACUAUCAGAGCUUUUGGACUUUUUUGCACCUAGAAAGCACCUUUGAAGAGAAGGAUUACGUUUGUGAGAGGAUGGUGGAGUUUCUGACGGGAGCAGCCAAGCGGGAAGUAUCUGAUAGUCUGUCCUUUCAGCUUCUAGAGGCUCUUUUGUUUAGAGUUCAGCUACAUAUAUUCACUGGGAGAUGCCAAAGUGCACUUGCAAUUUUACAGAAUGCAUUAAAAUUGGCUAAUGAUGUAAUAGUAGCUGAGUACCUUAAGACAGAUGACCGCUGUCUGGCAUGGCUGGCCUACAUACAUCUGAUUGAGUUCAAUAGUCUCCCUUCGCAACUCUAUGACCCAUCUAAUGCUAAUCCUUCAAGAAUUGUCAACACAGAGCCGUUUGUAAUGCCAUGGCAAGCAGCUCAAGAUGUCAGGACCAACCCUGACUUACUACUGGCAGUGUUUGAAGAUGCGGUAAAAGCUUGUACAGAUGAGACCCUUACCAGUGGAGAAAGAAUAGAGGUCUGCCUUCCGCUUUACACAAACAUGAUUGUUCUGCACCAGCUCCUAGAGAGGUAUGAGGAGGCAGUGGAGCUUUGCACAACCUUGUUGGAGUCCUGUCCCACAAACUGCCAGUUAUUGGAAACCCUUGCAGCUUUGUAUUUGAAAACAGAUCGAAAUGACAAAGCCCAAUUGGUUUGGCUUACUGCGUUUGAAAAUAACCCUCAGAAUGCGGAAAUUUUUUAUCAUCUGUGCAAAUUUUUCAUCGUGCAGAACGGAGGUGAUAAGCUUCUUCCAUUUUUGAGGCAAUUUGUUGGAUCCUUCUUUAAAGCUGGCUUUGAGAAGUAUAGUAACGUGGAUUUAUUUCGGUAUCUCUUAAAUAUCCCAGGACCACUCGACAUUCCAGCGUGUUUAUGUAAAGGGAAUUUUGAUGAUGAUGUAUUUAACAACCAAGUCCCUUAUUUAUGGCUGAUUUACUGCCUUUGUCAUCCUCUUCAGUCAAGUAUUAAAGAGACAGUGGAAGCAUAUGAGGCGGCGUUAGGGGUGGCCAUGCGGUCUGAUAUUGUGCAGAAGAUUUGGAUGGAUUAUCUUGUCUUUGCCAAUAAUAGAGCUGCUGGAUCCAGAAACAAAGUCCAAGAAUUCAAAUUUUUUACUGACUUAGUGAAUAGAUGUUUGGUUACGGUCCCUGCCCGAUACCCCAUCCCUUUUAGCAGUGCUGAUUACUGGUCCAACUAUGAAUUCCAUAAUCGGGUCAUUUUCUUUUAUUUGAGCUGUGUUCCAAAGACUCAGCACUCUAAAACCCUGGAACGGUUUUGCUCUGUUAUGCCAGCAAAUUCUCGACUUGCACUGAGGCUACUUCAACACGAAUGGGAAGAAAGCAAUGUUCAGAUUCUGAAACUCCAAGCCAAGAUGUUUACAUAUAAUAUCCCAACAUGCCUGGCCACCUGGAAAAUAGCCAUUGCUGCUGAGAUUGCUCUAAAGGGACAAAGAGAGGUCCACCGUUUAUAUCAGAGAGCCUUACAGAAGCUACCUCUUUGUGCAUCACUAUGGAAAGAUCAACUCUUGUUUGAAGCAUCAGAAGGAGGUAAAACUGAUAACCUGAGAAAACUAGUUUCCAAGUGCCAAGAGAUUGGAGUCAGCCUAAAUGAGCUCUUAAAUUUAAACAGUAACAAAACAGAAAGCAAGAAUCUCUGAACACUGGGUGCAGUCAGUUCUAAGCCCUUAUAAUAAUUGCCAAAAUUAUUUGAAUGAUUCUUCAAGAUUAGGCUGAUCCCUGGCUAAGGUCUGUGUAAGGCAGACAAGCAUUAUUGAUCCUAUCAAGUUUCCUACAAUAUCCUAUCCGUAAAACCGGAAGCAAUGAACAUGAAUGACACUCUUGGAAUGGAUAAAUGAACUUCCUGUUUGGCCUGCUUCUGGGCCCUGCCAGAUUCUCUAACAUCAUGUACGUAAGUAUAGCUCCUCAAAGCGACUGACGUUUAUUUUAAUUUUACUUUGUUUUUGGUUUCAUUUUUUACUUUCCCUACCUUUAUGUUGUGCUAUUCCUGGUCCACUUGACACUCUCUGAUGCCUGAGAGAUUCUUGUUUGGGAUUUAGUUUCCAGGGCUGUGUUUACAGUAAAAAGCAGGCAGUCCCUUUUAGUUCCUCCUUUAAGUCUCUGAGAUUCUUCAUUUCAGGGUUUUAAACAUAAGCAGUCCAUCUUAAGGAAAGUGUAACUGCCAUGGCCACAAGUCUGCUAGUUGCACUUGAAUGUUCUAGCAGGGUUGUUGACUGCCCUUUCUACGUUCUGGACUCCUUGCUGAGACUGUUUAACUUGAAGAUUAAAGAAACUAUUGCAAAUGCCAGUGCAUCAGAACCUAAGAGUGGUCAAAUAUUAUGUGCAAUUUUUUUUGUAAAGAAAUUUUAAUUUAUAAUAAAGUUUAACAGUUUAAAGAACAGUUAA